AUGAUCAAUGCCUUUCUGGUCUUCAAUGGCCAGGGUCAGCCGCGCCUCACGAAGUUCUACACGCAGCUGGAGACGAGCAUCCAGCAGCGGCUGAUUUCCGAAAUCUUCGCCUUGGUGUCAAACCGGCCAAACGGCUCUUGUAACUUCUUGCCCCUGCCCCCUCUGCUGGCUGCGUCUGGCACCUCGCACUCGUCGUCCAAGGAGCAGAAUGACGUGCCGUCCCUCGUCACUUACCGCAACUAUGCGACGCUCUACUUCAUCAUAAUAUCCACCUCUACCGAGUCGCCCCUCGCCUUGAUCGACUUGAUCCAGGUAUAUGUCGAGGCCCUGGACAAGCUGUUUGAGAAUGUCUGCGAACUCGACCUCAUCUUCAAUUUCGAAACAUUACAUGCCACGCUGUCAGAAAUGAUCAUUGGCGGCGUAGUCAUAGAGACAAACCUGGACCGCAUAGUCUCGGGGGUCAGGGCACAGGGCACCGUGGCAAAGAGGCCUGUAAACGAAGGAAGAAGCACGGGAAUUGGUUCCGGCUUGGGCAUGGGUGCUAACUUCGCCUGGGCCGGCCGUUGA